AUGUUUUGUGUUUUGAUUGAUGAAUCUGGUGACGUUGCUGGUAAAGAAAUUUUUGUUGUUGUUAUUUGCUAUGUUAAUAGUGAAGUUUUGGUAAAAGAAAGUUUUCUUGGAAUUGUAAUUGUUAAAGAAACAAGUGCUAAGUCACUUAAGGAGGAACUUGAGAAGUUGUUGUAUAUUAAUGGCUUUCAUUUAUCUAGUAUUAGUGGCCAAAGGUAUGAUGGAGCUAGUAAUAUACAAGGAUGUAUAAAUGAUUUGAGUGAAUUGGUACAAAAGCGAGGGCAAGAUCUUUUGAAUGUUUUGUCACUUGUCAAUGCUACCAAACAAGAAUUACAAGAAAUGAGGAAUGAUGGAUGGGAAGAAGCUAUAUCCAACGUUAUGGAAAUUUGUAAUAAUCAUGAUAUUGAUGUGCCUGAUAUGAAUGCACCUGUUUUAGAUUUGCAAGUGCAUGAGCUUUAUGCUAGGUUUGAUGAAGAGAAUACUGAACUCUUACAAUGUGUUUCAUGUUUGAGUCCCUCAUCGCCAUUUUCAGCUUUUGAUGUGAAAAAAUUAUUGAGGAUUGUUGAACUUUAUCCAAAUAAUUUUGUAGAUGUGACGAAAGUGGUGGUGUGA